AUGAGCACAGUUGAGACCUAUGGCUUCGAGAGGAUGCAGCUGAUAUUCAACGAAAUCCAGCUGUGUGAUACAAAGAAAUAUUCUGAGUCUCUCCAAGAGAUUGUUGGGAUUCUGGCUGGGCAGGACCUCUUUGAGGAGUUUUGUAGAAUCAUAGAUGUUGUGCUUGCGUGUAGAAAGCCCAGUAUUCCGUCAAGGAUAUCCAACUUCCUUAGAAGCAUAUUCGACGACAUGGCUGGCAUGCCAAAGGGUGCGGACUUUGUCUUCAGAGUGCUUUACUACCUCAUCAGGCUUACUGAGUCGAAAGUCACGAGGAUAAGAAAAAACUCGCUUUCCAUUUUAAGGCUGGCCAUGGACAUAGUGCAGCCGAAAGCCAUUGACGAAGGAGUUCUAGAAAAGAUCUCCGAGAGAUUAUUUGACAAGGAGAAGACAGUAAGAAAAGAGGCGCUCAGGCUCCUUUCCGACUACCAGGAAAUGGGGCUGAACCCAAACGUAAAGGUUGUGAAUCUAUUCAAGGAUAUAGUUAGGUACGACCCGAGUGACGAGGUGAGGAUCCUUGCACUGAGCUUGAUUUCGGUAAACCCGUCAACCUAUGGAUGCAUAGUUGAGAGAUGCAUGGAUGCAAAUGGAACAAUAAGAAGGAUGUUCUAUGAGCAUUGCCUCCCUGGAGUUGAUCUAAAGAGCCUUCCACAAAGCAAAAGAGUCCUUUUGAUGGAGAAGGCUGUGCUAGAAAGAGAGUUUGAUGCAAAGGGAUUACUGUUAGAUUCCAUACUUUCUGCAUACAAGCUACCUUCAGAGUUAAGAGCGAUGAAUGCAGCCUUUUACAACAGAUCAAGCCAGAAAUACCUGGAGGUCCUUCUUAGAGCGAUUUUCGAUCGAGUGGGGUAUGAAAAGGAGCUUGAGUACCUCCUUUCGAGUCCUUCGGAGGAAGACACGUUUUUGUCAAGGAUUGAGCUAUCGUACAUAGAAGAUAUUUUUGGAAGAGAUGACCUGGGCCUUCCUGACCUUGAAAGUUUUGUCACUGCGAUGUAUCAUUCAUGCCUUUCUGUUGUUGAAUCCUUAGACGUGCCUGAGAGGGGAGCAAGAAUAGAAACAAUGAAGAAUCUGUUUAGGAUUGCAAGGUUCUAUGAUUUCUUCAACGAGACGUCUCGAAAGUAUAUUCUUAGCAUAGUUUAUAAGCUUCUUGGAAAGAACUCUGUGGAGGAGGUUGUGGAAGAGGCCAUGCAGAUUGCAAGCCUUGUUUGUGACGAAGACCUUAACAACUUCAUAGGGAGUAUCAUAAAGAAGAAUGCCGAAGCAUCUCCAAGAAUGUGCCUAAUGGUAUGUAAACAGGUUAUGAAGCAUAUCCGCCCUCUUGGCAGGCUUCACGAAGCAAUAGUAGAGGAAAUCAUCCUGCCCAACUUGGGCCUGAAAGGGACGGCAGUGGAAAUACUUGAGGUUGGGUUUCACUAUGUCCUUGAAAAGCCUCACUAUGCGAUCAUUCAGAAUCUCCUGCAUAAUGUAAAGGCAGAUUGUAGGGUGUUUGAGAUGUGUGUGGAUCUUGCCCUUUCUUCUGACGAUUCGGAGAUAUUGAGCCAUGUCUUAAGACACUUGGAAAAAGAACUUGAGUGCAAGGAAAGCGAGGAUAUCAUAAUUCCAGGGUCCAAGGUCGUGCUGUCUCAACACGAGGUUCCUAAGAGCCUUAGAGACAAAUUUGUUGCAUUUGCGCUUGAGAGAUACUAUUAUACACAGGAUGAUCAUCUUAAGCAAUACUGCAGCAUAUUGUUCUUUGAAUUGUUUUCGGAGGACAGCACCCCCCUCAUCUCUGUAUUCUGCAAGGUUCUAGAAGCACUGCCAUGCUCGCACAAGAUAUUCAUUGACCAGUCCCUCUAUUGGAUAGGGAACAGCAAGUAUCCCAACGGAUCUCAGCUGCUCUUUUACAACAUCUGUGUUUAUCUCGCUGGGGGAUACGGGAAGGACCAAACCAAGAAGACCCUACUUAGAGUUCUUGAAAGAAUAGAGGUCCUAAGAUGCUGGGAUCCAAACACGACAAAAAAGAUCUUGUUCUGCUGCUCUCUGAUGGCAAAAAAACUUGGAAGUAGACUCAACACGGGUGAGGUAGUGGAGAGAGUUAUGGAAAUAGACGAUGGAGAGCCCAUUUCCCAGAAGGAUUUAUAUGAUGUAAAGAAGGAUCUGGAAGUCUGA